AUGCCCGGUUCAGGGCCUUCAGGACGUUACUCUUCACUAUGCAUGUUCCUCAGAUUUAAUAUUUCGCUACUUGCUGGUACAAGUCUUCCUCGUCAUUUUGAGGACGAUGCUCAUCACAUAGUAAUGGGCGACUUCAAUACUGUAUUUUCCAGUCAGCUUGACCAAGCUCGCUUCCAUGACCAAGCUCGACAGCAAGGGCGUGAGGAACUUCUGGAUUGGCUGAAUGAUUUACGAUUAGUGGAUGCGUGGCGACUACAGAAUCCUGAUCUUCAGGAAUUUACAAGCCCGACUGUGUUUCAAGAUAUCUUCCAUGAUUUUCGAGCCAAGUCUGGCACGGAAGACCACAUUGGUCUGACCUUUCGGCUUGGAUCAACGUGUCUCAAGCCACCUGGACGAGCGCCAUGGAAAUGUCUCGCAUGGGUUAUUAAUCUGCCUGAAGCUCAAGUCUAUCUAUCAGAUUCAUCAUGCAAGCUUACUGCACCCUUUCUGCCGUGUAUAUGGAACUAUAACCCUGGCUGCUUGCUCGAUGAGCACAAACGGAAAGACUCAAAUUUUCUGCGAGAAUUAUUUCACUUCAAGAAGAAUAGUCGUAAGCGCAAAAUUGAAGGACUCCACGUGGAGAUAAACAAGCUCAAGCGCCAACAAGCGCUUUAUACAACUGUGGAUAUAUCGGCUACUCUAUCUUUGGCUAAAGCAGAGCUCCAUACAAAAUUGGAUGAAUCCGCUCACUACGCCUCCAAGCAGAAAUUCGCCUCGGAUAUUCAAGCAACUGAGCGAUGCUCUAAAUUUUUCUUUCGGCCACCCCAAGUACUCUACAAGUCUCCCAUUCCUGUGGAAUCGGCCGAAGAUUUAGAGCCAGCUUGCUAA